AUGCUUCAGAUGGAAGUUAUAGAAAAAGUUGAAAAACCUACUGAAUGGGUUAACGCGCUAGUAAUUGUGCCAAAAUCAAAUGGAAAACUAAGACUUUGCCUUGAUCCGAGAAACUUGAACCGAUAUAUCAGACGGGAGCACUUUAAACUUCCUACUAGAGAGGAAAUCAUGUCAAAGUUUGCAGGAGCAAAAUUUUUCUCAAACUUAGAUGCAUCAAGUGGGUUCUGGCAGCUCCAACUAGAUGAAGAUAGCUCAGAUUUGUGUACAUUUAUAACUCCAUUUGGACGUUACAGAUUUAAAAGGUUACCAUUUGGGAUUUCGUGUGCACCGGAGAUGUAUCACAGGAUAAUUCACACAUUAUUUGAGAAUGUCCCAGGUGUAGAUACCUCAAUGGAAGACAUCAUAAUUUGGGGAUCAACGGUUGAGGAACAUGAUGCUAGAGUCAGGCAAGUUCUGGAUAUAGCGCGAGAAUCGAAUCUUAGACUCAACAGUGACAAGACUGUUAUUGGAGUACAAGAACUUACCUUCCUUGGUGACAUUAUAACAUCAGAAGGAAUUAAACCGGAUGACAAAAAAGUCACGGCAAUAAACCAGAUGAAAAGACCUGAGGAUAAGAAAUCAUUACAAAGAUUUCUAGGUAUGGUUAAUUAUUUAGCCAGAUUCCUACCUGAUCUAUCCAGCAAAGCAGAGCCACUUCGUAAAUUGUUAGUGAAAGAGAAUGCAUGGAUUUGGGAUAAGCCCCAAGAGAAAGCCUUUCAAGAACUUAAGAUAUUAGUGUCUAAUGAACCUGUGCUUAAAUUCUAUGAUCCUAAGAGAGAAAUCAAGGUAUCUGCUGAUGCGAGCCAGACAGGGUUGGGAGCCGUAUUACUUCAGAAUUAUGACAACGAAUGGCUACCUGUAGCUUAUGCUUCAAGGACAGUCACAGAAUGCGAAAGUCGAUACGCGCCAACAGAACGUGAAGCCUUAGCCUUGACAUUUGCUUGCGAGCGUUUCCAUCAGUACAUCUAUGGUACAAAAUUCCAAGCGGAAACGGAUCACAAACCGUUGGUUGCGAUAUUUGCCAAAUCGUUUAAUGAAUGUCCUCCUAGGAUACAGAGAAUGAGAUUGAGGCUACAAAUGUACGACUUCAAGUUAGCUCACACCCCAGGAAAACUUAUGUACACAGCAGAUACACUUUCUAGAGCAUCCUUAGAAACAGCGGAUACACAGAAAACUCUAACUGAGGAAGUAGAAAUGUAUGUCAACUGUAUUUAUAAUACAUUACCGGUUAGUGAAACAAAAAAGGAUCAAAUGUAUGAAGCUACACAGCAAGAUGAAACACUACAGAGAGUGGUUAAUUCAAUAGUGAAAGGAUGGCCAGAUGAUCGUAGUAAGUGUACGCCAGAUGUAGUUCCGUAUUGGAAUUUCAGAAAUGAACUCACUGUCAUUAAUGGACUAGUAUUUAAAGGAACUAGACUAGUCAUUCCAGCUAAGCUACGGAAGGAAAUGCUGACAAAAAUACACCAUGGACAUCUUGGAAGAGAAAAAUGUAAGAAACGUGCUCGUGAACUUUUAUUUUGGCCUAACAUGAAUGCAGAGAUAAACGAAAUGGUGGAUAACUGUGAUGUUUGUCAGAGAUUCGCGAUGAAACAGCAAGCUGAACCGUUACAACCUACUCCAGUGUGCAAAUCGUCAUGGGAACGCGUAUCAACAGAUUUGUUCUCAUUAGGAGGGAAAGAUUACAUUGUAACUUGUGAUAGUUUCUCAAACUACCCAGAAGUUUUGUUAUUGCCAAACCAAACAGCGUUUGCGGUUAUCAAUGCGUUAAAAAGUAUAUUUUCACGUCAUGGUGUACCACGGAUUCUUACAAGUGAUAAUGGACCGUGUUACAGCUGUCGAGAAUUUAAAGACUUUGCGAGAGAAUGGGACAUUAAACACAUAACCAGUAGUCCAAAAUUCCCACAGUCUAAUGGACUUGCAGAGAGAACUGUACAAACAAUAAAGAACAUGAUGAAAAAAUGUAAGGAGAGUAACCAAGAUAUCCAUAUGGCACUCUUAGCAUACCGUACAACACCUUUAGGAAAUGGCCGUUCACCCGCAGAGAUGCUACUGGGGAGAUGUCUAAAAACAAAUCUACCUAACUACAUAGAGAAAUCAAGAAUUGAGAAGGCUGACAACAAUUCUACUGAAAUCAUGAAAUGGCGUGAAAAUGAAAAACAGAAGCAGAAACACUAUUAUGAUCAGAGAAAUCAUGUUAAAUCGCAUGUCAAUCUUGCACCCGGUGACAAGGUUCGAAUCCAGGAGCAAAACGCCUGGUCAACAGAUCGCGCAACAGUUGUGAAUGAAUUAGGUCCUAGAUCUUAUCUAAUUCGUAGAAAUCGUAAACAUCUCAAGUUAAUUCCUGAUGAUGAAGAGUGGCCCAAGACUGGGAACAAUGUUCUGGAACCCAUUCCUGAUGAUGUGCCUGAUCAGACCAAUGUUUCUGAUACAGAUGUGGAACCAAAAACUAGUAGAUGUGGAAGAACUGUUAAAAGGCCACAGAGAUUAAUUGAACAGUGUUAA